AAAAAUGUCUGAUAAACAUGAGAACGAUGAUGAUUUUCCAGUGUCUGACUACCAUCAGGUUUUUAAAGUGUUAAAAGAGUUGAAAUAGCGAUAAUGCCCCUCUUGAAGCAAGCGAGUCCAAACCUUUUGAGAAAGAUCAUGAAGGCACUAUCCGUCUAGAAAAUGUAGCUGGUUUGAUAGAAAAGUUUAAUAAAAGAGAGUACGAAAAUCUCACAAAAGCUGCAGAUAAAAGACAGUCAAGAUUUGGGUCGAAGAAGGAAGUAAGCCCAGUUCCAAAAACCUCACUUCAAAAUUUUGGAAACAAUGAUACUGAAUUCUCAAAAGAGGACACUAAAGAGGAAGAAAAGGCUGAGACUCAAAAGAAUGAGCUUGAGUUUGAUGAAUUUAUUGAUCUAAUCAAAGAAUCUUGUAAUGAUAAGGAGCAGUCAGAGAACUACCUUGUUCAUGCAUUCUCCAUGUUUGACAGGAAAAAGAAAGGCUAUAUUGAUAAAAGUGACUUGAGUGAAGUAUUUUCGAUCCUCGGAGAAACUGUUGGAGAAGAUGAAGUAAACACAAUGAUCAAAAUCGCCGGAGUGAAGAGUAACGAUAAAAUAAACUUCAAAGAGUUCUGAGACUUUUUCCAUAAAAUUGAUUAAAUCUAA